GAUCCUUCCCGCCGCGCCACCGCCCCCCCGGGUGGCCAAUCAGCGCCGGGCGCGGCGCUAGGCCACGCCCCCGGGGAAGAUGGCGGCGCUGCGGGCGCUGCUGCGGUGGCGGCGGCGGCUGCCGGGACUCGGCCCCAGGCGGCUCCUGGGCAGCGCCGAGUCCCCCGAGGAGCGGCCGCAGUUCCCGGGAGCCUCGGCCGAGUUCGCCGAGCGCCUCGAGUUCAUCCAGCCCCAGGUGCUGGCCGGGAUCCCGGUGUACCGGGUGAUGGACCGGCAGGGCCAGGUGAUCCGCGAGAGUGAGGACCCCCAGCUGCCCAAGGAGGAGGUGCUGAAGCUCUACAAGACGAUGACGCUGCUCAACACCAUGGACCGCAUCCUCUACGAGUCCCAGCGCCAGGGCCGGAUCUCCUUCUACAUGACCAACUACGGCGAGGAGGGGACGCACGUGGGCAGCGCCGCCGCCCUCGACGCCGCCGACCUGGUGUUCGGGCAGUACCGCGAGGCAGGUGUGCUGCUGUACCGGGGCUACCCCCUGGAGCUCUUCAUGGCGCAGUGCUACGGCAACGCCCGCGACCCCGGCAAGGGCCGCCAGAUGCCGGUGCACUACGGCUGCCCCGAGCGCCACUUCGUCACCAUCUCCUCGCCGCUGGCCACCCAGAUCCCGCAAGCGGUGGGCGCGGCGUACGCCAUCAAGCGCGCGGACGCCAGCCGGGCCGUGGUCUGCUACUUCGGCGAGGGCGCGGCCAGCGAGGGCGACGCGCACGCCGGCUUCAACUUCGCCGCCACGCUCGAGUGCCCCAUCGUCUUCUUCUGCCGCAACAACGGCUACGCCAUCUCCACGCCCACCUCCGAGCAGUACCGCGGCGACGGCAUCGCGGCGCGGGGCCCGGGCUACGGGCUGCUGAGCAUCCGCGUCGACGGCAACGACGUCUUCGCCGUCUACAACGCCACGCGCGAGGCGCGGCGCCGCGCCGUGGCCGAGAACCAGCCCUUCCUCAUCGAGGCCAUGACCUACAGGAUCGGGCACCACAGCACGAGCGACGACAGCUCCGCGUACCGCUCGGUGGACGAGGUGAAUUACUGGGACAAGCAGGAUCACCCCAUCUCCCGCCUGCGGCUGUACCUGGCGCGCCGCGCCUGGUGGGACGAGCAGCAGGAGCGCGACUGGAGGAAGAGCUCACGCAAAAUGGUCCAAAAGUCCCCCAAAAAUCGGGAAUUUGGGGGAAAAAAAUCGGGAUUUGGGGGGUUUUUGGUUGGGAAAAAAUCGGGGUUUGAUUGGGAAAAAAUUGGAAUUUUGGGUGGGAAAAAAUCGAAAUUUUAG